AUGGAGGGCGAGGUCCUGGGAGAGGAGGCGCUGCUGCGGAAGCUCAGGGACAGCCGCCGCCGCUUCCAGAGGCGCAUGCAGCAGCUGAUAGAGAAGUACAACCAGCCCUUCGAGGACGCCCCGGUGGUGCAGAUGUCCACGCUGACCUACGAGACGCCCCAGGGAUUGCGAGUUUGGGGAGGAAGAUUAAUAAAGGAAAGAAACACAGGACAAAUCCAGGGCUCCCCGGUGAAGACGGACGACAGGACAGAUGAACCCAUGCGAGUCCCAACUGAAGGUCACGAGCUUCCCUUGCCCUGCACACAAGUUGAGGAUUCAAUAAGCAGUGAUACUGAUACAACUUUAUUCCAGGAAGAUGUGGUCGCUGGUAACUUAAUGCCUGCAGUGCCCUGGAGCCCAGUGAAAAAUGAGCUAAGGAGGAAGUACUUGACACAAGUGGAUAUCCUGCUGCAGGAUGAAGGGGGUUUGGAGUGUGCCAGUUACGGAGAGGGAAAGGACACCCGUGUGACCCUGGUCCCUUCAUUGGCCUCGCCCGCCAGGCCUGCCGUAGAAUGCUACGGUGCCGCCUCUGAAGAGAGCCCCGGUGGCCCAUUUCAGCCGACUUCAUUGCCCAGAGAGGGCGAUGCUUCGCGCUCUUGCUCAGCAGGCCUGGCCCUGGCGCCGAGGGGUGAUGGCACCUCCUUACAGGGAGGGACCGGUGGCAGCAGCUUCUCAAGCAGCCGAGGCUCUGAGGCUGAGGACGUCUGCAACGCGACACUCAGCGAUCUGUACGCGGGCAUGCUGCACUCCAUGAGCUGCCUGCUGGGUGUGAGGCCCUCCUGCGUCAUCUCCACCAAGACGUUCAUCCGCCAGAACUGGAGCUCCAAGCGGAGGCACAGGUGUAAGAGCAGAAUGAACAGAACGAGCUGCAGAGGAGGCGGGCGCUCUCGGAGGAGCCCCCAGGAGAGACGUCCACCCAGCUCCGAACCCGCGAAGGACGUGGCAGUGUUAAGAGAUCGCAAGAACUUACUCGAUGUUUCUGGCCAUAAGAUGGGUUUAAAAUUGGGAGGGGCUUUUCCUGAAGUAAACAAACCCCAGAUCCACGCAUUCACUUCACGUUGGAAGGAGCUUCCGAGAACGCCUCAGAAGCUUCAUUCUUCAUUGACUUACUUAGACUCCAACGCAGUGUAUCGUCUUGAUCAGGAAAAUAGAUUCAUGACAUUAAAGUGGUUGAUUUCUCCUGUAAAAAUAGCUUCUAGACCCAGAGUACCGCCGGGCGAGGGAGGGAAUCGUUACAGGGAGAUCGAAAUCAGAUUUGACAAGCUUCAUCAGGAAUAUUGCUCGAAUCUUAGGAAGCAGCCCUGCCUGACUUACCUUUCCGGCUCCUCAGCUGUGGAUGUGUACAGAGGUGGUCCAGCAAGCCCUGGUAGCCCCCAGGGCGUAGAAGCCCACAGGCCGAGUAGCCCUCUCCGCAGAGCAAAAGGUAAGAGGUUGAGUGAGGCUUUUGAAAGCCUGGGCGAAAGAUCUAUCAGAGAAGGUAGCUGCCCACCAAAGAGUGACUCCUUCCCCUCACUUUCAAAGACCAAGUCCACACACAGCCCGGGCCGCUCGGAGCAGACCUCUGGCCUUGCUUGUCAAGGAAACGAUCUGGGAGGAUUUAGGAAGUCAGUAUCGCUCACCAAAGCCAUUUCAGUACCCAGGGUACAACCUCCAGGCUGUGCCAGGGAUCGUUACGAUGACAUUAAAGAAAAAUUUGACAAGCUUCAUCAAAAGUAUUGCCAAAAAUCGCUUCAGCAGACGCAGGCGCCUUCGUGUACCAGAGCAUCUCCAGAUAAAGCAAGUGUGGGAGUUCGGUAUCAAAAAGAAGACGUCUCAGGAAAAUUCGAUCCAGACUCUGGCUCCCAGGGCCCCCCAAAGUUGUCAUCAUCACCCCAGCAGAGCAUUAAAAGUCCCCUCGGCUCGAACACAAUUGGGGCCCCUCCAUCUACAGGUUUUGCUCUCGAUGCCGGCUGGGGCCGUCAAGUCCCCACAAAACGACGCCGAUUAUCAGACCCUCAGGUGUGCAGACAGUGGGCUGGACCCUGGGAUUUCUCACCUGUGGGCAGAGCCAUCCCAAGGCCCGGGGAAGAGGCUGGCUCUUUACAGCACACCUGGGAAGAGAAGAGGAAAGAACAACACACCUUUCAGGAUGGAAGAGAAAAGUGAUUUCGUGUUAGAAAACCUCAAAGCUGAAAAUCUAUCGCCAAGUUAUUCUGAAGUAUUCUCUCUUUCCUCUCUUUG